AGCCCAAUCCUCGUUAUGAUUAGCAUAUAUAUCGUUUAAUCCUUAUUUGCAUUGUGUUUUUUUUUGUUCAAGUAUUUCUUUUCACUUGAGCACUCGGAUUCGUAUGGUGUACCAAUUAACUAAUCAAAAUAAGGGAACAAUGUAAACAUUAACAUUAAGCUUAGAAGUUCAAGGAUUUAACUAUAGGUAAACUAAGGUUCUUAAUACUAUUUAUUUUCUAUCCAUCAUGGUCCAUGUGCUUCACAAUGAAGACAGCCCAAUAGUAUAUCCAAGUAGCAAUUCAAAUUCUAUGAAGUUAUUGACCAAUAUUCUAGCAUUAUCAAGUGCAACAUGCACACUAAAAGCUCAUGAAAAACUCCCUAUCAGAUACCUGCAUGGAAAUGUGGCAUUCAAGAACUCGCUUCUAUCACCACGAAAUCACAAAAGCUCAUCCUGCACUAACCUAGGGACAGGAAAAGGGGAAAAGAGAAAACAUAUGUCCAUUUUGCAGUAGCUUACAGCUUGUAUUUUAUCAAAUAUGUCUCUGACUGCCCUGUGAAUAAUUCCCGGGUCCUUCUCCGAUCCAUUCAUGGUGAAGGUCUUGCCACUGCUUGUCUGUCCAUAAGCAAAUGCAGUUCCUGAUAACCAUCCCCAUCCCCACGUUUUUCCAUCCUCUCUCCAAACAUAGGAGGCAGAUUUCUAGCUUAGGCUUGCCUAUCCCCCCAAAUCCCCCUCUGCUUCUCCCCAGCUCCCUCCACAGCGAGCCGCACGGCGAAACGGUCGAGACAGAAAAACUCAGAUUGGAAAAGAGAAAGGGAAAAAUUAAAAAACCCCUUUUGAUCCCUAGAGAAUCCAAUCCAUAGAAUGAAGAGAGAAAGGUAAGAGAGAAGAAAGAAAACCGAAGGAACCAAAGGUAAGGGAGAACAGAAAUGAUACCUAAUCCGAUUGCAAGAACCAGGGGAAAGCCUCAAUCGAAAAUCAACCUCUUCGCCACGGGUUCGGGGGAGACGGUGGUGGCGGCGGCGGUUAUUGUUCUUCUCGCCGGAGGGGACAACCUCAAUCAAAUCUGUAAAACGGUAAAAGGGUAAGAAACCUCCUCUUCCAUUCCUUCCGCAGAUCGAAUCUGUAAAAGGGUAAGCAGCCUCCUUCCUUCUCCUCCCUUUCACCUUUCCCCUCUCCCUCUGUAAUGUGCCUGCAAUUGCUCUUCCCUUUCCGUGACUUUCUUCUCGCUCUUAAUAACCAGUAAAAAAUGUGGGCUUAUUUCACCCAAACAAAAAAUAAAUGAAUAUUAAAUGACAACAUGGGAAACGGAGAAAAGGUGGGUAGUGGGCAGUUUGUUAGUUCUGCAAUCAGGCGGGGACUCCUAUUUUUUUCCCGCUUAACACUCUGCCACAUCAGCUUCCUAAAAUCACUCUAUGAGCAGGAAAAUUUGAAUGGGGGUUGCAGUUUUACUUUUCAGCUAUAAAUUAUACUGUUGAUACUUUCUCGGCAGAUAAAUUAUUGUAAAUCACGCUGAAGCUAGCUGUCGUCAUAUCCUAAGGCACCAAAAAAAGUCUAACAAGAUCACCGAGGAAUUAAUAUGCUGAUCAUGCAAAGUCAUGGCUGGAUAUAUAUACGAUGUCGCUUUGGAACAUAGUUUUCCGGUACUAUAAAAACCGAAAGGAAACCCAUGCAGUAGUUUCAAACACAACAAUGAAGAACUCUGUGAACGAGUUUGCCACAUUGUUCGUGUUGCUGGUCGCAGUACUACCAACUAUCGUCACCGCCGGUGGAGGAGGAGCAGUUGCGGUUGAAGAAACGUCGUCGUCGUCGGCGUCGUCGGGGCCAUACUGCAACAACAAUGACGCUUCGGCGGACUACGAGGCACAUAAAGCGCACGUGCUCGACGAGCUGGCCAACGUGACCCCGACCACGCAAGGAUACAGCUACUCAACCUCGUUUCCUGAUCCGGCCGGUGGUCACGACGUCGUCUACGGCGCCGCCGAUUGCACUCCGGGCGCCGGAGUUUCGGAGUGUGUUAGCUGUCUGAUCGGAGCUAAGCUUUCGCUGGCCGAGAUCUGUGCUUUCAGCCUUUACGGGUUGGUGAAGCUACCUCUCUGCGGCAUGAGCUUCGUCCCCGCCGUGGCUGGCUAGCUCCUAAGCUUUGCUACGUUAUGGACAUGCAUGGGAAUCAAUGUCAGGCGGCGGCAUGCACCUGAAAUUGUGUACCUAGCUCUAUAAUAAUAAUAAUAAUAAUAAUAAUGAAUAAUAGCGAGCACGUACGUUGUUCGCCUUUGUGUGGUUUGAUUUCCAUAACCAAGCUGUACAUCACUUUCAGUUUUCUUUGGUAUUUUCGUUUCGUUGUCGUUUUCGUUUAUGCCGGUUGUGAUAAUAAAUUGAAGAAAACGCA